AUGGAGGAAGAUGAAACAAAAAUUCUGCUGUGGCUAUCACCAACAGAAACAUCAACAGCGACACUCGGCCUCUUUUCCAUAUUUUUUCUUUUCUCCACAGUUUUAACUAUUGGAUUAGUAUUGAAUUUAUUUGUAUUCUACCGAAUGACAAAAUUAGCCAAAAGAGAUCCAAGCCAGUUCUUUAACGGCACAGGAAUAUUCUUGCUCGUUAUGUCCAUCAGCGAUUUGUCAUCUCUCUUGACAAUCUAUUUUCAAUUGAUUCUUAUUUUCAUCAAAUCUCAACUUCCUUUGAUGGCUCAAAUUAUUAUUUGUAAAACAACUGAAUAUCUAACGCAUAUUGCGUUUACGCAAUCCAUGUACUGCUGGUUAUGCAUGUCAGGACUUCGAUACUUAGCUGCCAUGCAUCCAUUACAAUAUUCAACAGUCUGGAGGAAUCCCUUAAUUGCUAUUAUUGCCACUCUCAUAAUUGCUGUUAUUCUUAACUUACAACUAUUGACGACAAUCGGAAGUGAAUCGGAAGAAGGAUGUUCAGCAAAUCCAAAUAUGACUUUCGUCAUUUAUGAUUUAGUUGAUGCCAUUAUCAGCUACGCCAUUCCUUUCUGGCUUAUUGUUUGGAUGGAUCUCCGGGUUUUGUGUGGUUGUAAACGGCGCAAAACUUCCGAUCCUCUUCUUCAAGUUGUCUUCCAUAAAGUUGACGAAGAUACGGAAAAGUCGAGGAAAAAAAAUAUGAGACGUUUCAUGAUCGUCACUCUUAUCAGUUUGGCGUUAGCCUUUCCCGAAGUUUGUCUUAGUACAACGCGUGUAUUGCUGGAGCCAAAUUUCCAGACAUCACCUGUAAUCUUUUAUGGAAUCAAAUUUUUAUUUUAUGUUCGAUUUUCCUUCAACAGCUUCUAUCUAACGGCUUAUGUGUUUGAUCGAAAUGUUCUAUCGAAAGCUUCCUCAUCUCGUCAACUCUCUCUUUCAAUUCGUCGUCUGGAAGAGAACCCAUCCAUCAUACUAAGAGAGAGAAGUAAUACAGUAUCAUAUCGUGCAACAACACCAGUGCCUGUAUUAACUCGCAAUAGCUCCUGUAUCAUUUUAGAUUCUCUCUCAGAUACAAAGAGAGAAUGGGUCUAA